CUCUUGAUCCCUAGUUGUUUUCGUGGUCUCCACACUCGUUCUUGGAAGAACCUUCGUUUCGUUCCAGCCUUUCCUCGAGCCUAACCUUCUUCCCCAACACCCCUCGCUAUCCUUUCCACUUUAAAGUGUCGAACCGGAAACUGGUUGGCAUGUCUCAGUAGUGGCCAGCUAUGGCUGCCUCAUUUUCCAUGCUUUUGGUGCAUCAGACAACUCGACCAACACCUCCCUCCUGCCCCCUACUUUGACCUCCGCCUCUUUUCAACCAUGAGUUCACCGCAGAACUCCAUGGUCAUCAGGGAGUCUGAGCUCUCACAGCAGCACAUGCACACGUGAUGGAACUACAGGCAUCGAAGCUUUGAGUGAAUCAAAGAUGAGAGGAAGAGAGAAAGGUAGGGGACCAACCUGGGCCUUGCAUCAUAAUGCUCAGUGGGAAGGGUAGAAUCAUUGGCUGCACAUCCACCAUGCUCCUGCAGAGCGAGGACACCAAUAAUGUGCGCUUCGGCCACGGCACGUGAGAGGCUCCUUCAUGUGUCCUUCCCCACAAUACAUGCAUCCGGAAUCUGAAAUGACCAAGGAGAAGCCUAACAGCUGAAUCUUUGAGGUCUCCUCCCUUGCCAUGGCGCUGCUCGACUCACUGUGUCCACCCACCCUCGAGGGCUAGCCAUGUACGUAUGUAUGUGUAUACGUACGUGUGUACGUGUAUGUUUCAACCUAUAUAGGAAUACUGAGAGGAGGAGGAGGAGGACGAGGAGGAGGAGGUGCCAAGGGGGGUACUCUUAGAUUCUACAGGAGAGUUCCCAGCAAGUUUGACCACUGUGGACAUGGCGGAUAACAUGGGUGGCAGCGUGGAGUCAGAUGGGCAUCAUAACUGCGCAGGCUCGGCUUCGGGGGACGGCGGAAUCAAGGAGCAGGACCGGCUGCUGCCCAUCGCCAACGUGGGGAGGAUCAUGAAGCAAAUCCUGCCCCCAAAUGCUAAGAUCUCCAAGGAAGCCAAGGAGACGAUGCAGGAGUGCGUGUCGGAGUUCAUCAGCUUCGUCACCGGCGAGGCCUCCGACAAGUGCCACAAGGAGAAGCGCAAGACCGUCAACGGCGACGACAUCUGCUGGGCCCUCAACACGCUGGGUUUCGACGACUAUGUCGAGCCCAUGAGGAGGUACCUACUCAAGUACCGGGAGAUGGAAGGAGAUAGGGCGGCCACCGGCGGUCACAGCAACAAAGCGACCGGCUCUGAUGCCGGAGAUCAGGACGCGGUGGGCGAGCAGCGCAGGAAUCAACCCUCCCCCGGUGCUCACUUGAUGUUCAACGCCAUGGAAACAAGUCAUAACCCUUCUGCAUCAAGGGGUUUCUAGAUCUCCUUCUUCAACGCUAACAAGGUUAGUACUUGGUGAUGAAUCACAGCCAGGCUAAGAGAAGGAUGACACCGGUUUGGUACAAGCUCAGAAACCCUGUGUUCUUGCUUUGCUUGUAAGAUUUGUGUUGACUACGAAACCCACAUCUUUACAUUUCAAGCAAAUUGAUUCUUGAACCCUCUCCAAGUCUUCUUAGAUUCCUCACACGAAACAGGGAGAGGGCAACUUCAAUUCUUGAAGACAUAAAAUGAUCACAUGGUUCCUAUGUUGUCACAA